GAGAAAACUUGGCACUUGGCUUAGCUGCUUCGGCAGAAGAGAAUUGAGACGUAUACAAUGACAAAGAAAAAGAAAUAAAGAGAAGAAAGUUGACCUAAAAUAUAAUAAAUGAGCAACUGCUUUUAAUAAAAUAAACAAUAUAUAUGUAAUCAGGUAAAAAAAAAAUCAUAUGGACUAAGUUCAAUUACAUAAAGAAAUUUAGGAUGGACAGGUUUUCAUAAUUUUAUUUUUUUAAUUAUAAAUAUGCAACAAAACAAUAUUUUCUCAAAUCUGUUUGGGGUAGCUUUAGGCCUUUAGCAGUUAGGCGUAUUCAUAGUGCCUGCUGUCCUGUACCGAGUGUACACCUGUUCUUGAUAAAAAGACGUCCUUCUCUGAUAUUCUCCAUACUCUCUACCUUUGCCCGGCAGCAGUCAGCAGCACAGAUGUUGAGGUUGCAGGCAUUUUCAAUUCCCGACUACAAUCCGGUUACCUUUCCCUCUUCAUGCGUCCUUCCUAACUCGCUUCAUCUUCACUGUCAGUCAGUAUCUUUUCCAACCACACGGACGCGUCUCCGGUCACUCCGCAUCGUCAGGAUAUGCAGCACUUCCCUUGCAGGCGAUUUCGGAGGUGGCAUAGGAAUGAGUGGUUCUUAUGAUGUUGAGCUUAAAGUCCGGGACUAUGAGCUUGAUCAGUAUGGCGUCGUAAACAAUGCUGUCUAUGCAAGUUAUUGCCAGCACGGUCUUUAUGAACUUCUUGAAAGGGUUGGCAUGAGUGCUGAUGCAGUUGCCAGAACAGGUGAAGCAUUGGCGCUGUCAGAAUUGUCUCUGAAAUUCAUUGCGCCUCUAAAAAGUGGAGAUAAGUUUGUCGUAAAGGUCCGGAUGACCAACUCCUCAGCCGCUCGCGUCUACUUUGAACACUUCAUUUUCAAGCUGCCAAAUCUAGAGGUUUGUCAUUAUCACUCUCUAAUUAUGCUGGCCCUUGACGCCGAAUUACCUACUGAUCAUGGUAUGGUUUCUAAACAGCCUAUCUUGGAAGCAAAGGCCACAGCAGUGUGGCUUGAUAAAGACUAUCGCCCUGUACGUUUUCCAUCUGAGGUGACAUCUAAAUUUGUGCAGUUUCGUCGCCAUAAGGAGUCCAAAGGCGUCGUGCACAACGGCGUUGGUGCUGGAAGUCUUCAUUUCUAAACCUUUUCCUCUGGUACCAGGUCCAGGAGCACGGAGGCAGAAUAAAAACAGAUUCAUUUCUCAUAAUAAAGUAAAUUAAGAUUGUUGUUAGCAUUAAGAUUAAAGUAGUUUUCCUCAGCAUAUAUAUGCCUAUGUGAUAGCGUAGACAGAAAUCACACUUAGAAUGGUCAAGUUUUAGAAUAAAUUCUGGAUUUUUUGAAUUUUAUGCACGAUAAUAUUAAAAAGAGUGUGUUGUUUUU